AUGAUCAACGAUGCUUUUGGGAUAUCUAGGGACCAUGUGAAUGUAGAAGCCUGGACCUCGCAUCAACCAGUACAUGAAGGUGAAGAAAGGAUGCCAGAAUUGAAUCAAGGACCUAAUGAGGAAGCUAAGGCAUUUUACGAUCUAGUUAGGGAUGGAAAUCAAGCAUUGUAUGAAGGAUGUACGAAGUACUCGAAAUUAUCAUUCCUAGUAAAACUAUAUCACAUCAAGUGCUUGUGCGGAUUGAGUAACAAAGCAAUGUCUAUGAUUUUAGAAUUGUUAAAAGAUGCCUUCGAACAUGCAAAGAUUCCUGAUUCUUUUUAUGAGGCGAAGAAAUUAAUUACCAAGCUUGGUCUUAAUUACAGUCAAAUACAUGCAUGUCCAAAUGAUUGUAUGUUGUAUUGGGGAGAAGAUGAAAGUAGGGAGACAUGCAAAGUAUGUAACACGUCAAGAUGGAAACAAAGUAGGAAAGGUAACCCGACGAACAUGUCUAGUGGGGGCAAGAAAAGAAAAAAGAAACCUGUCAAAGUUUUACGGUACUUUCCACUUAAACCACGUUUGCAAAGGUUAUUUAUGUCUUCUAAAACUGCUGAACAUAUGAGGUGGCAUUCUGUGGAUAGUAACAAAGAUGGCUUGAUGAGGCACCCGAGAGACUCUGAGGCGUGGAAGAGAUUCGAUGAAACACACAUUGAAUUCGCAUCAGAUCCACGGAAUGUUAGGCUUGGGUUAGCUAGUGAUGGCUUCAAUCCUUUCAGAACUUUGAGUACCAACUAUAGCAUUUGGCCUGUGAUUCUUAUACCGUACAACUUACCCCCUUGGAUGUGUAUGAAGCAGACUUCCUUCAUCCUUUCAAUGAUCAUUCCGGGAAAGCAAAUGCCAGGGAAUGAUAUCGAUGUUUACUUACAACCCUUGAUUAAAGACUUGAAGGAUUUGUGGGAUGGUGGUGUGGAAACAUUUGACGCUUCACUCAAUCAAAUGUUUAAUAUGCGCGCUGCAUUGAUGUGGACAAUUAGCGAUUUUCCUGGGCUUGGUAAUUUAUCUGGGUGGAACACACACACUGGUUCAGCUUGUCCAACUUGUAAUUUUGACACUGUUGCCCAUCGUCUACCUCAUAGUAGAAAGUGGAGUUUUAUGGGUCAUCGUCGAUUUUUAGAGCCAAAUCAUAGAUUCAGGUUUAACCGUGUUCACUUUGAUGGUAAUACAGAGUUUAGGAAUCCACCAGUGGCACUAUCAGGUUCAGAGAUAUUCAAGCAGUUGGAAAAUAUUCAUGUUACAUUUGGGAAAGGGAUGGAGGUUGAAGAUAACAGAAAAAGAACUCACCGAAAAAAUACUAUAGAAAGUGGUUGUCAACAAUGGAGAAAGAAAAGUAUAUUUUUCCAACUUCCUUAUUGGGAGUACAACUUGUUGCGCCAUAACCUUGAUGUUAUGCACAUUGAGAAGAAUGUGUGUGAUAAUGUCUUGUACACCAUUCUCAAUGAAAGUGGAAAAACAAAAGAUAAUCUCAAUGCUCGAAAAGACUUGAAAGAGAUGGGCGUAAGAAGUGAUCUUUGGCCAAAUGAAAAUGGACAAUAUCGACCUACUUUAUUUACAAUGUCAAAUGCCCAAAAAGAUGUAUUCCUUACAACUUUGAAGAAUGUUUUAGUGCCUGAUGGUUACUCAAGUAACAUUGCUAGGUGUAUUGAUCUAAAGCAUCGGAAGAUAUUUGGUUUGAAAAGUCAUGAUUCACAUAUUCUUUUGGAGCAACUGCUACCAAUAUCAAUUAGAAAUGUGUUGCCUAACCAAGUGUCUGCCGUUUUAGUUGAUUUGUGCUCAAUAUUUAGGCAAAUAUGUGGCAAGGUGUUGAAUCCUCUAGACUUUGACAAGCUCCAACGUCGAGUCAUUCUCACACAAUGCCAUAUGGAAAUGCUUUUUCCACCUGGGUUCUUUACAGUCAUGGUUCAUUUGGUUGUGCAUUUAGUGAAUGAACUGAAGCUUGGAGGCCCAGUACAUUAUCGAUGGAUGUAUCCUAUAGAAAGAUACUUGGGACAUUUGAAGUCCUAUGUACGUAACAGGGCACAACCAGAAGGUUCCAUUGCUGAAGGUUAUUUGGCUGAAGAAUGUUUGACCUUUUGUUCAAGAUACUUGGAGGGCAUUGAGACAAGAUUCAACCAGCUUGGACGUGUUGAUGAUCAAACGACAAACAAUGAAUCGUCUCAAGUUUCAAUGUUUUUUACUGAAAUAGGGAAAUCAGUUGGGAGUACUUCAUAUUUCAACCUUACCCAUAUUGAGAAACGACAAGCACACAGAUAUGUGUUGAUGAAUUCAGAACUAGUCGAUCGGUUUGUGAAAAUCAGUGACAACAACCCAGUUAAUGGAGAUGUUAAUUAUUAUGGAAAAUUGGUAGAUAUAAUCGAGCUUAAUUACUAUGGUCGAUUCAGGAUUAUUCUAUUCAAGUGUAAAUGGGCCAAUACCAUAACUGAUAGAGGGAUCAAACAAGAUGCUUUGCAGUUUACUUUAGUGAAUUUCUCUCGAUUGAUACAUACUGGUGAACGUGAAGAAGAUGAACCUUAUAUUGAAGCUUCACAAGCACAACAAGUGUACUAUGUUGAAGAUGUUGUAGAAAAGGAUUGGAGUGCUGUUGUACAUUUAAAACCAAGAGAUUUGUAUGAUAUGGGUGAAGACACUGAAGAGACAUUCUAUGAGAACGAGCCAUAUCAAACACAAGACUUAGGGUUAUUUUUUCCUAAUGAUACUGGAAUUCUGUCACUUGCAAGAGGACAAAUAGAUGAUGAUCCAAUGCCUAAUGUUGAAAAUGUUGAUGAUGAGGAUGACGAGGAUAUGUAA